AUGGGGUCAAAGGCGAGGAGACAGGAGAUACAGUGCCGUCAGGCGGGUGCUCCCAGCUACAGAAUCAGCAGCAGGAGCUUCAACCGCCGCGUCACCUUUUCCCCCCAUCCUCCUCGAUCUCCUCUAAAAGGCUUCCGACCACCUGCCUCCGGCCUGCAGUACGUGCGCGCGCGCGAGGACGGCCUCUGCACUUCUUCCAUCACCCCGUCCUCAAUUUCGUGGCGGCGCACGCGGAGAAGAAGGAAGGAAGGAAGACGCUCGUGGGCGGCGGAAAGCAUGACGGACGUCGUGGUGGCGGUGCCGGACGGGAGGGCGGCGGCGAGCAUGACGGACAUCGUCGUGGCGGCGGCGAGCAUGACGGACGUCGUGGUGGCGGCGGCGGACGGGAGGCCGGCAGGCAGGCGGGGAAGGUCUCCUUCGUCCACGCCCCCGUGCGCGGCGUGCAAGCUGCUGCGGCGCCGGUGCACGCCGGCCUGCGUCUUCGCGCCCUACUUCCCCGGCGGCGAGCCGCAGAGGUUCGCCAGCGUGCACAAGGUCUUCGGCACCAGCAACGCCCGUAAGAUCAUCCAGGAGGUGCCGGUGGAGCACCGUGGCGAGGCGGCGAGCAGCCUGGUGUACGAGGCGAACGCGCGCAUCAGCGACCCGAUCUACGGCAGCGUGGGCGCCAUCACGUCGCUGCAGCGGCAGGUGGAGUCUCUCCAGACCCAGCUCGCGCUCUCGCAGGCGGAGGUGUUCAGGCUCAGGAUGGCCGAGGCCUGCGCCGCCGCCGGACGCAGCAGCUCAGGCGGAGGCUCGCCGUCAUCCAUGUCGGACGGCAAGCGCACGCCGGACCUUCACGUGGCCGUGGACGAGGCCUGCAUGAUGGAGCUCGAGUACGCCAAGCUCUGGUACUAGACUGACAGCGUUCGACAGGUGCUUCUGGAACAAAACAGGGCAAGGGUUUAGGGAUGAUUUAGCAAGUGAUCAGGUGGUGGUUUUGGGUACCGGAUGGCUUGGUAUAUAU